AUGUCUUUCAAGUCUUUGAAGUCUCAGUUACUAGGCCCCUCACUCGGGCUGUUCGUAGCGCUCUGCGUAUGCCUCGUCUUGAACUUGGGCGCUCUCUUCUUCUCCUUUCGCGUCUUGACCCGCGGAUCACAGUCAUACACCUAUCUCGAAGGUGACCGGCCUCAUGAGCUUCCUAUCAAGGUCCGUACCAUUCAAGCCAACUUCGUAGAUGACUCUGAGCACUACGGGAUGGAAGGCUUUGCUUCUACGGUUGAAUGGAACGCUAUACGUCCCCCUGGCAAGGGUUUCGUCUUCCUGGGUCAGGAGCACUUCGCAUUUGGCGUGUCAAUGUGGCAUCAGAUGCACUGCUUAAGCCACAUUCGUGCCGUGCUUGUUAAUGGAGACGACGGGUCUGACCAUACAGAGCACUGCUUCCACUACUUGCGGCAGGGCAUUCUCUGCGCCGCUGACACGACUAUCGAACCUGGCGGUACAAACAAGAAACUGGCCAAUGGCGACAAAGUCGCUGCAGGUGAAGGAGCUGUACACACCUGUCGGGAUUGGAGACAGGUACACGAUUGGAUGGCGGAACAACACGGAAAAUGGACACCAGAAAUGUUUGAGAGAAUCAAUGAGUCUAGUCUUUAG